AUGUCAACCACGUUCCCAAAUCUUUACACGCACCGCAAGGUUGCUGAUUCAGCUGCCAAAGCAUGCGACAUUUGCUACAAGUCAAGCACAUCCGUGUUAAUCACACCAGACAAAAAGGAUUUCUUCUUUGUCUGCCCCGUUCACUUGAAAGACAAGUAUUUCGCGACACCAAAGAUCGAUGAAGAGGCUGCCAAGCAGAAGCGCGAGAAGGAGUUGGCAGAGGAAAAGGAGCGCGUCAUGAAGGAGUACGAAGAGAAGCAAAAGAAGAAGAAGGAGAAGGAGGCCAAGAAGGAUAAAGACGACAAAGAGAAGGACGAUAAGGAUAAAGAUAAGGACAAGGACAAGGAUAAAGAUGAGAAGAAGGAUGAGGAUAAGAAAGAAGAGAAUAGUCCUGCGCCUGAAGAAGAGCCUCGUGUGUUUGAGUUGAAGACCGCCUUUUACCAACAGAGGUUGUUGAAGAAGAGACAAGCCGAAGCUGCGAAACAGGAUCGGGAACGAGCAUCAAAGCCCGGUUACUUCCCAUCUGUUCCAUCGGAUGAUCCCAAGCGAUGA